AUGGAAGAGGAAGUGUUAAGAUUAGUGCGCGCUGACCCUAUGACAAGCAUUCGUCUCUUGUCAAUAAGACUGAAUGUACCAAGAAUAACAAUCUGGAGAAUUCUUAAGAAAGAAGGCCUCCAUCCUUAUCACUUCCGGCGUGCUCAACAUUUGGAAGAUGUGGAUUACCGUGCGAGAUCUGUGUUUUGUAGCUGGAUUUUAUCGCAACAAAGAACCAAUCCUGAAAUCGUGUCGAAACGUCAGCAUGACGAUGGCAUUGCCGGGCAGAUCCGUGAGAUACCGGAAGGUCGCCUGUUGCCGUGCUAUCCUUGCGUGGUAACGGCAGAAGGCAUGGUACGCACACAAGGCGAUCCAGUGCUGUACCAAGCGACAUCAAGCGGACGCAUUCCUGUAAGUACUUCGCAAAAAUUUCGCACAGAUGUAUUGGGCACGAUAAACCGCCGGCGAAAGGGGAUACCACAGGUUAUAAAGGAUUUGAACCCGAAGCAGCUGGAGCGUGGAGUGUCUGUAGGUAGACAUUGCGGUGACAUCGCGUUGGUGGCGUGGAAAGAGGUCAAACUUGUCACCGUUUUGUCUACCUACCACCAACAUGAGAUGGUACCGGGAAGACGUGCUGGACAGGCGGUCCUGAAGCCAACAGUGGUUCAGGAGUACAACCGAUACAUGGGAGGCGUAGACUUAAAAGAUCAGAAAUUGUCUGUGUUCUUAUUAUAA